UUGAAGUGAGAGAAAUGUCAAAAAAACGUGGUCUUAGCGCCGAUGAGAAAAAAACAAGGAUGCUUGAAAUAUUUCAUCAGAGCAAGGACUUCUUUCAGUUGAAGGAGUUAGAGAAGAUAGCACCAAAAGAGAAGGGCAUUACAAUGCAGUCAGUAAAAGAAGUAGUACAAAGCCUGGUUGAUGAUCAUCUCGUUGAUUCUGAGAAGAUUGGAACAUCUGUGUAUUUUUGGUCUUUUCCAAGUAAAGCAAGAACUGCCAAGAAACGGAAAUUGAAUGAGUUACAAGGUCAAUUUGAUGAAAGUGUUAAAAAACUGAAGAGGACUGAAGACGCCAUUGUUGUUGAAUCAGUUGGACGUGAGUGUACAGAUCAGAGAAAGGAAACACUGGAACAUUUGGAAAAUAUGAAAAAAGAAGAGGAGAAACUUAAGAAAGAGCUGCAGAAGUAUAGAGAUUCAGAUCCGGAUUAUAUAGCUCAGUUGAAAACCGAUAGUGAGAAUCUUAAAACGGCAAUCAAUAGAUGGACAGAAAAUAUAUACAUACUAAAAUCAUACAUAAAGAACACUUUUCAUAUGGAAAGUGAAGUGAUUGACCAGAGUUUUGGAAUACCACCUGAUUUUGAUUAUAUAUAAUUGAAAUACAAUAAAACUACUUAUAGAGAUUUAGAGAUAAAUAAAAAAAGAAGAGAACAAAUGAUAGAUGCUUUUCGUUUGUUUACUUAUGUUGUUAAAGUACUGACAUAACCUAGUCAUGCAUUUAUUUCUGUACUCAAAAUAAUUAAUUUCUACACGUUACUUAUUACUUAAUUAUUAGAUACUUCAUUUAGUUAAUAAAGGAAUAAGAAAAUUACUGUAAUUUGUUUGUAUGAAUAACAUAUAUGU